GGCAUCAGUCUGCAGGGUGUCGGAACCUUGGACUUGCCACCAGGCCUUGAGCGUGAAUAUCGCUUCAGCGUUUACGCGUACCAUGAGGGCACCGCCUUGGUGAGGGUGAAUCUCACCAGCCAGGAGACAGGCGAGUUCAUGAACAUCGAGGUGAAGUUUGAUUUCUUUGCUGCCGAGUCGUUGGCCACCAUCAAACUGGAG